GUCUCCCUGUAGACUGGAAAACGGGGACCUCAGCGCGGGCCAGGGCGAAACGUGGCUUUCCUUAGUAAACAUGAACCGGUUGUUUAUUAAAACUACUUUUCAGGCUUCAUCUUCUUCUUCUUCUUCUUCUUAAAGAGCUGAGAUCGUUUUUGUCAUUGAGACAAGUGCAGAGGAAUGCGCAGGAAGGCAAACUCCCGGUCAUACCAAGAGUUCAACGAUGAUGACGAUGAUGAAGGUAACGUGCAGUCCCCAGACUUUUUUGACGAUGCCACAGAAGACCUGGAGCCAGAGGAGCCCAACGGCAGCAUCUCACAAGAGGAUGACAUCAGGGAAAACAGUCCAUCGAUGAGAUUUAGUAAAACCUGCCUGAAGAACGUCUUCACGGUGGUGCUCAUCUUCAUCUACCUGCUGCUGACUGCGGUGGCAGCGUUCCUGGCCUACCAGACCAUCUCUGACUUUUUGGACAAACUCAACCACCCUGUCAUGUCUGUCACCUACAAAGAGGUGGACUCGUUCUCUCCCCCUGGUAUUGCUCUGUAUCCUGGCAAAGCUCAGCUGCUGAGCUGCAGACAUCACUUCCAUGACUACAUCCCACCUUUAGUGGACCCAGGCAAGCCUCAGGAAGGGGACUGUACGAUUAAGGACGUCACUUACUUUGGGCCCUUUACAAAUCAAACAGAGAAAAGAGCUCUGGUGGUCCGUGGGCCUUCUGAUGUCAGAAACAAAGAGUUGAUCUUCAUGCAGUUCAGUCAUAAUGAAACAGAAGAGGACUUCAGUGCCAUCACUUACAUGCUUUUUGCCAAGUUUAGUGACUUUACUAACAGUGCAAAUAAAUCAGAGUUCAUGAGGGACUGUGAGAGGAAUUACUCCAUGUGGACCUUCUCUGGAGGAUUCAGGACCUGGGUAAAGAUGUCUUUAGUGAGGACAUCUGGGAAAAGCAGUGAAUCUGUCGAAUUUCGACAAGAGUCGACUGUGGUGAAAUUCAAUGAUAAAAGACCUGAAGCAGAGCAAAGCAACCAGCUCUUCUUUGCUGUUUUUGAGUGGCGGGAUCCUUUUAUGCAGGAAAUCAGUCUGAUAGUGACUGCAAAUCCCUGGAACUCUGUGGCCAUCCUCUGUGGGGUCUUCAUGGCUCUAUUCAAGGCUGCUAAUUUUGCCAAGCUCACUAUUCAGUGGAUAAUCAAGAUGCGUAAGAGGCAUCUGAGGAAUAAAGCACGAGAACUGAACCAGAUCAGCUGAAACACUGAUGAGACAAUCUGUCGAGAUCAAGAUUAUCCAAGAGACUGAUCUGAGUUUUGUUUUAAAACUUCCUCGCAGUUGUGUUUUUUGAUGUCAGUACUUGCCCCAUGUUGUAAUUGCUGUUCAGGAUAAUUGACACUAAUGGAUGUUUGCUCACAAAAAUUGUUUGUUAGAUAGUGUUGCGUCCAUUGUGACUGUUAAGCAGAGGGCGAAUAUUACUGCUAGAUGGAGCAUUUCCUAAAAAAAGGGACAGUUUGCAAAUCCAAAGAAUUGUUGCAUUUCAGAAGAAGAGGUAUUUCAGAAAUAUUUUCUAAAACAUUUCUGCAGUUUUAUGCGCACAAAAGUAAAUGUUGCAAAAGUUUGAGAGUGUGGGUGUCUAAGCUCUGCAACAAAAAAAUGUGAACGUUGGUCAAAAUGUUUUUUGUUUUUUUUUUCAAGUUGAUAAUAGAAUUUUAAAGGGAAUUUUGUUGUCUCUUACUGGUUUGUCUGACUUUUUAAAGCAAUGCUGAGUAAUAUCCAGUUUAAACAGAGUUUAUACUUACAUUGUUCACUUUACUAUAGCAGAGUGAUAUGCUGUUCAUUUUUUAGUGCCAGAUCCAAACUGUUGUUUUUAUUUGAUUUUAACAUGUAUUGUAAAAAGUAUCACUGUGUUCAUUGUUUUUAUAAAAUUUACUUGAAUUAUUGUCUGAAUUUCAUCGUUGUUCACUAUUUUAUCUCACACAUUAUGUUUUUGGAGAUUUUGGAAAAUAAAAAUAUAUUUUUAUGCCUGAAUUUUA